AUGUCGGCUGAGAAGACCCCCAUUGGGGAGAAGAUCCGAGUCUUCUUCCUGGGCGAUGAGGCAAAGACCAAGGAGGAGAGGAAGCUGGUGCGGAAGAUCGAUCGCGCUGCUUUUGCCAAUGCAUAUGUUGCCGGGCUUCGCGAAGACUUGAACAUGAAAGGCCAUGAUUACAACACCGUCCUUUCCGUCACAACUGCUGGGUCAGUCAACCAACCAUUCCCAGAUGCAGCAUGCAAGACUGUCACCCAGCUUUGUGUUGUCCGCUUCUUCCUCGGCGUGGCAGAGGCCAGCACAUAUGCCGGGACAAUCUACAUCAUCGGCUCGUGGUACAAGCCCAAGGAGAUCUCCAAGCGCACGGCAAUCUUCACGGCCUCCGGACAGGUCGGCACCAUGUUUGCCGGUGUGAUGAUGACUGCUAUUUACAAGGGUAUGGGAGGCCUGGGAGGACUUCAGGGGUGGAAGUGGGUUUUCCUAAUCGACGGAAUCAUCACCCUUCCUAUUGCCCUGUUCGGUUUUUUCUAUUUCCCUGAUAUCCCGGAGAACACCACGGCGACUUACCUUAACGAAUCCGAGAGGAAGAUGGCGGUUGCUCGCCUUCCCCCCAUCAAGGAAGGAGGACACAGCAUCAACCCAUUUUCACUGAUGAAGCGCUUGUUCCUUCAACCUUUCUUCUGGAUCCUUGUGUUCUGGUCCCCGGUCUGUGCCACCCUCGAAGCCUAUUCUGUCCAGAAUAACUUCCUCAUCUGGCUCAAAUAUCAAUCGUCACACUUCUCCCAGAGCCAGAUCAACACCUAUCCUCUAGGUGUGCAGGCUGUCGGUAUCGCAUCGAACAUGUUGGCCGCCUGGCACAUGGACGCCACCGGGACCCGUGUCCCCAUGGCCGUGCUGGCCGUGAUGUUGCAGCUGGUCUGCGCCAUCAUGCUCCUGGUCCCGACGCUGCCGUUCGCCGGGACCUUCUUCGCGUUCUACCUGUCCGGCACCGCCUACAUGGUUAAUCCGCUCAUCUUUGGCUGGGCCAGCAUCAUCCUCCAGCGCACCGGGGACGAUGCCGUCCGCAGCGUCACCGUCUACUGCAUGAAUGUUCUUUCUUUGACCCUUUAUACCUUCUGGGGUAUUGUGAAGGGCGGCAUCGCCAUGGUAGUGUGCUGCUGCGUCAUGCUGGGCUAUGUGUGGGUUGUCUGGAAGGUGAGUGGUGAUGGGAAACCCCGAGGUGGAAACGAAAAGGAAACAGCUGACAUGUUGGAUCACAGCUUGAUAAGUCUUCCUUUGAGAAAUUUGGAAAUCCCGCCAUCCAAGAGACAGAGAUGUCGCCUGCGAGCUCGCGAGAUGGCGGUGGUAAUGACAUGGCGGCUAAGGAAGAAGGCGACAAGGACAUUAGUUCCGAGAAGGUUAUCGCUUUGUGAACAAGCUGCAUAUCGUUACACGAAGUUUAGAAGGAGCAUACAUUGA